UCUGGCCGGAUGGGUCCCCCUGGCCCUGCAGCUCCAGGGUUGGAGGAUCAGGGAGUGAGAUGAGGAACUGAGAGCUGGCGGGGGUCACACACCAGCAAUGGCAGCCCGGGCACCGCCCCCCCUCCAGAGAUACACCCAGCUUGCUCAAAAAGUCUGUCCUGGACCCUCAAGGUGGCAGGUGUGCCCGGCCCCACUGUCCCAGCAGAGGGUGACCGUCCGGGAUGAGGCCAAGCCUGUAAACGAGGACACACCAGCACUCACAUGACCCCUGGCGGCGGGCACACAGGGCAGGGCAGGUCUCCCUGGCUACCCCAGUGCCAGGUGCCCGUGAGAGCUGGGCAAGUAGAGCUGGAUCUGGCAGGGCCAUUUCCUAUUUUGUCAAAUGAAAAGGACAGGCUCGGACUGACGUGCCUGGCUGGUGGGGACGCCCUCAGGAGUGGACAGGGACAGGACCCAGGCAGUGGGCAAGUCCCCAGGUGAGCCAAGGGGUGCAUGGUGUGUCCGGCACACAGAGGCCAGCAAGCCAGGGACAGGGAGCCCAGUGGGUGGCAUUCAGUGGCAGAGGUGGCCCGGAAGAGGGUCUUUGCUUUGUCCUGAUGAUUUUCAGCGCGGGAACACGAGACCACCUUGUGGGAAGUUGCCAGGGGCGGGGGGAUCGGGAGGCCAAGGCCGGAGGUAGUUGCCUGGGCCAGGUCACGGGGUGGAAGAAGCAGACUGCAGGGCCCUUGGUGGCUUACCCCCGCGGUCUGCAGGGGGCACUGAGCACCCCAAGGUGUGAGGCUGUAACAGCGCAGGCCCAUGAGGCUGGGGGACUGGAGUCGGCAGUGACAGUGCGCGCCCCUCAGGGGCGUCCCAGGGCCGGGCCCCCUGGACAGGAAGGUGUCCCCCGAGCAGGUCCCACUCCCCUUCUGCAAAGUGUGGGCUGUGGGGCUGCAGCCCCUGUCUGCUCCAAGGGCCUAUACUGCCAUAGCAACUGAGUCACCACGCAGCAUCCUGCCUGGAGCAGCCUAGAUGUCACCCUGGGACACGGGGAUUCUUCAUGCCAAGUGAGGAAUGGGACCUGGGCCUGGUGGCCCCCUGCCUGUGUCUCCCCUGAAACCAGCUCAGUCCGAGUCAUUCUGGUCUGGGGAGCCUGGACCUGUGGGGUGGCGGGGCUUGGACUGGGCAAGUCUGCAGCUCUGGGAGGGUUGGAGCCCGUGGCCCCAGCAGUGGGCACCUCUGCGUUCUGGUCACACCUCCGUCACUGCUCAGUGUGGCAUCUGAUGUGAUCACAGGGGACAGUAAGGCAGGGCUCUCUGCCCACAGGUCGCCGCCAUGUCCACCUUGCUGGAGAUCAAGAGCAGCGUGCUCAGGCAGGUGCAGGUGUGCCCAUCCUUCCGCCGGAGGACGGAGGAGGAGCCGGCCAGCAGCAGCGCUGACCUGCCGGAGCCUGCGGCCGGGGCCUGGAAACCCGGAGAUGGUGUGGAGUUCUUCGCCCAGAUGCGCCUCAUCCUGAAGAAGGGGGAGGGCAGACAGGGGCUGCCAUGCCCUGAGGUCCUGCUGCGCAGCCGCUCACCUGCCCCCGCAGAGCCCGUGGACCCCAGCCGUGGCCUGAGAACUCUGAGCCAAGAGGAGGUGGACAUGCUCUAUGAGGAGGCCCUGUACACGGUCCUUCACCGCGCAGGCACCAUGGGCCCGGACCAGGUGGAUGACGAGGAGGCCCUGCUGAGCUACCUGCAGCAGGUGUUCGGCACUGACCCGGAGGAGCAUGCCGCGGCUGUGGAGCGUGUGAAGAAGGCCAAGGCACCCACCUAUGCCCUGAAAGUCUCCGUCAUGCGUGCCAAGAACCUGCUGGCCAAAGACCCCAAUGGCUUCAGUGACCCGUACUGUAUGCUGGGCAUCCUGCCGGCCUCGGGCGCCGUGCAGGAGCCCAGCCCGCACAAGGAGCAGCGCUUCAGCUUCCGCAAGGGCAGCAAGCGAGGUGGCCCACUGCCAGCCAAGUGCAUCCAGGUCACCGAGGUCAAGAGCAGCACCCUGAACCCCGUAUGGAAGGAGCACUUCCUCUUUGAGAUCGAGGACGUGGGCACAGACCAGCUGCACCUGGACAUCUGGGAUCAUGACGAUGAUGUGUCCCUGGUGGAAGCGUGCAGGAAACUGAAUGAGGUCAUCGGCCUGAAGGGCAUGAGCAGGUAUUUCAAACAGAUUGUCAAGUCUGCCCGGGCAAAUGGGACAGCGGGGCCCACGGAAGACCACACUGAUGACUUCCUGGGGUGCCUCAACAUACCCGUCCGGGAGGUGCCCGUGGCCGGAGAGGACCGCUGGUUCAAGCUGGAACCACGCUCUAGCGCCUCCCGGGUGCAGGGCGACUGCCAACUGGUCCUCAAGCUGAUCACCACACAGAGGGACACGAACAUGAGCCAGCGUGGGCGGUCGGGCUUCCUGUCGUACCUGCUGCUGCUCAGCCGUCUGCUGCAGUUCGAGCACCGAGCCGAAGAGCCCAACUCGAGCAGCUGGCGCGGCGAGCUCAGCGGGCCUGCGGCCACCGUGCUCUGCCUGCACGGCGCACAGAACAACCUGUCGGCGCUGCAACUGGCUGUGCUGCACUGGCAGGUCAGCAGCCGCCACCAUCAGACCCGCACCCUGGACUACGGCUACCUGCUGGGGCUGCUAGAGGACCUGCAGGCGCACUGGGAGGAGGCCGGCUCGCUGCCUCAGGAGCAGGAGGAGGGCCUAGCAGACAGCUUCUCUGCCUUCUCUGAGUUUGGGCUUCAGCUGCUGCGACAGCUCCGGGACUACUUCCCUGCCAGUAACAGCACAGCCGUCUACCGCUUGGAGCUGCUGUUGAAGUGUCUUGGUAAGCUGCAGAUCUUCCAGCCUUCGUUUGAGAUCUGCCCCUUCGAGACAGAGCUAAACAUGGACAUUGCUGCUGCCCUGAAGAGAGGCAACCGUGAAUGGUUUGACAGGCUCCUGAACACCCAAAGUCCUCGUGAGCAGCCAGGCCCACAGCGCCUCGCCGGGCUGGUCAAGCUGGCUGACGCCGUCUACGAAGACCUGCAGUCCUGCUAUGGCAUCUACGCCAGCCUCUUCCACAGCAUCAUCAAGGUCGACUUCUUCACCCUCACCUUUCGGCAGCUGGAGCGUCUGGUGGCUGAAGAGGCCUGGGUGCUGACAGAGGAGCUGAGCCCCAAGAUGACCCUGGAGGUGGCCUCAGGGCUCUUUGAGCUCUACCUGACCCUGGCGGACAUCCAGCGCUUUUGGAGCAGCAUUCCGGGCCGGGACAGCCGUUCCCUCGCCCUGGCCGGCAUCCACGCCCCAUUCCUGCCCGCUGUGAAGCUUUGGCUGCAGGUGCUGCGGGACCAAACCAAGUGGAGGCUUCAGGGAGCCGUGGAGGUGGACACAUUGGAGCCCAUGGAUGCCUCCUCCAAGCACAGCAGCUCCGCAGCCACUGCCGGCCUCUGCUUCAGCCACAUCCAGGAGCUGUGGGCCUGCCUGGCAUGGCCUGACCCCGCCCAGGCCCAGACACUAGGCACCCAGCUCAGCCAGGACCUGUGUGAAGCCGCCCUCUUCUACACAGAGCUGCUGCGAAAGAAGGUGGAUGCUCAGCCUGGGGCAGCCGGAGAGGCAGUGAGCGAGCCUCUCUGCGUGGUCCUCAACGACGUGGAGCUCCUCCGCAAGGCUGCUGGCCAGGCACUGCGUGGCCUGGCGUGGCCGGAGGGGGCUGCAGGGCUGGAGGGCACACUCCCACGGCCCCUGCUCAGCUGCACGCAGGCCCUGGACGAGGACCUGCAGCGGGAGGCCCGAACCGUGACGGCACACCUGACCUCCAAGAUGGUGGGUGACGUCAGGAAGUAUGUGCAGCACGUCAGUCUCUCGCCCGACUCCAUCCAGAAUGACGAGGCCGUGGCCCCCCUCCUGAAGUACCUGGACGAGAAGCUGGCUCUGCUGAACGCCUCGCUGGUGAAGGAAAAUCUAAGCAGGGUGCUGGAGGCCCUCUGGGAGCUGCUGCUGCAGGCCAUUCUGCAGGCUCUGGGAGCGAACCGAGACGUGUCUGCGGACUUCUACGGGCGCUUCCACUUCACGCUGGAGGCACUGGUCAACUUUUUCCACGCUGAGGGCCAGGGUUUGCCCCUGGAGAGCCUGAGAGAUGGAAGUUACAAGAGACUGGAGGAGGAGCUGCGCCUGCACCAGUGCUCCACCCGGGAGUGCAUCGAGCAGUACUACCUGGACAAGCUCAAGCAGAGAUCCCUGGAGCACAACCGGUUCGGGCGCCUGAGCGUCCGCUGCCACUAUGAGGCGGCCGAGCAGCGGCUGGCGGUGGAGGUGCUGCACGCCGCCGACCUGCUCCCCCUGGAUGCCAACGGCCUAAGCGACCCCUUUGUGAUCGUGGAGCUGGGUCCGCCGCACCUUUUCCCGCUGGUCCGCAGCCAGAGGACCCAGGUCAAGAGCCGGACUCUGCACCCCGUGUACGACGAGCUCUUCUACUUGUGAGUGUCCCUCCCCGCCCUGCCGG